AUGCUUUCACGAUACUAUCGGUUUAGUCCAUUUUUUGACAAAUUAAUCCGGUCUUAUUGUACACAAGUUUCUUUAAAAUCAAGGCUAGAGCUGUACUAUAAAAUGUCAACAAAUCCAAAACUUGCCCUUCAAUCACCGGCAGAAGCCAUAUAUUUCGGUAAAGAAGCUGUCAAUCGGGUCUCAUUCCUUAGAGAGGAUUCAGAAUUUAUUACAAACGCUUUGUUUCAUCCCAGCACUAGAUUCAUUUUUUACGAAAACGGUAACCCAUUGGUGAAUAAGGAUGUCGAAGAAAAGCGUUUAGUUAUUCUUUGUAACGGAGACGAUCAAUUAUCUACGGUGGAAGGAACGAGCGUCUCAGCUACGUCCAAAGGAUUGCUUGCCCCAACUUCUAAAGUUAGACCAAAUUGGACAAAGGUAUUAGAAACAUGGAGUGAAGACAACAAAGAGCAUAAUACUGGCUUGAGAGAUGAUGCCAAACCAACCUUUCUUUUUAUGGGCCUUAAAGAUGAAAGCGUGGGGGUCGAUUUGCAACAAUUGAAGCUACAUGAUGGUGAAAAGUAUUUGGACCAUCAAGGAAGAUACUCUGGGAUCCCAUACUUUGGUGUAGAUGUGUCAAACUCUCCACAUGUAGCGAAGGAUGUACGUGAGCAUAUCAUGAUGUACAACUCUCAGGUCGAGGAAAAACUGUUGAUUUUUACCACUUCCCGAAAACAUACAUUGGGAUUUUCAAACGACGAGGCGGCGCUAUACAGCCAUGGAAAGAUGUACUUCGACUGGCUAGGACGGAACAAGUUUUGCCCUGGAUGUGGAUCAAAAGUUAUCCCUAUUCAUGCUGGAGGCAAACUCAGAUGCACCAACGAUGAAAACAGAACUGAUGGCGAGAAUAUUAUUCAUAGCUGUCCUGUGAAAAACACUUCUGUUUCAAACGUUUCUUUCCCCCGCACUGACUGCGUUGUUAUCACGGCAAUCACGGACAAGGCCCGAACCAAAAUGUUGCUUUCGCUCAACAAAAGGUAUGCAUUUACCAAAAUGUACUCUUGUACAUCUGGUUUUAUGGAGCCUUCCGAAACAAUUGAGGUUGCUACUAAACGGGAAAUUUGGGAAGAGACUGGUGUUGUGUGCAAUGAUAUUCAAAUUCUCAUGACCCAGCCAUGGCCCUUCCCAGCUAACUUGAUGAUCGGAUGUGUUGCCACAGUAGAAUUCAACGGCCAAAAUGAAGUUAUCCAUUUGGGACACGAUAGAGAGUUGGCGGAUGCUCGUUGGUUUGACGUUUCUUUUGUUAAGAAAUUAGUCGAUGGUGAACAUACCGAGGAGACAAAUCCUGAAGGGAUCAUUCUCCCAUCAGACAUUUCUGUUGCCUUCUCUUUGAUUAAGCAUGUCUUGGACCGAAGUGAAGUUAAGCUUUAG